UGGCCAGGCAUCCCCUCCCAGGAACCCCCGCGGGACCUUUGUUGUUAAUUGAUCGGAGCAUCUCUCACUCGCUCGAGUGCUCCAUCAUGUACAUCUCUCGUUCAUUGUUGGCUUCGGCUGCCUUUCUUUCCUUUUCCAUACAGACUGGAGCGCGAGUUACGCAGCAAGAGUCGGAUGCAGAGCAAGGACUAGCUGUCGCCCACGACCAGUCGAGGCUCCAGAACAUCCUGCAACGAUGGCCUCUCAACAAGGUCUUCGGCAAGAGGCAAGAGGUUGAGGCUUUCACGGACGUGCAAUGUCCCACAGAUGACUUGUACAUUGUGAUAUUGGAAGCCGCGCCUUCUCCUGCUGUACAGACACUAUGCAACAAUCUACUCGGCAUCCCGCCAGCAACUAUUACAUUGUCUACCACUGCUAUCGUCACCAACUUCACCAGCACAACCGCUACUUCGACGCAGACUAUCCACGUAUCCACCACAGUCACCGAGAUAGCGACCAUCACCCCCGCUGCGCUCUUGCGAAGAGAUGCUAAUGUUGCCGCCCAAUUUGCCUUUGCGAACGCGAUCAUGUCCGAUGUAAUUGAAAAUGGCGCGAAUGCUGCAGCAUUAGCUGCUGCUACCCCAAACCGAAAGCAGGAAGAGGCCCUGUCCGGGUUUGGAAAUGCUUGCUCGUGUGAGACGGUCCAGCCGCUUUCCACCACCACAAUAACCAGGACGUUUCUCUCGAACGAGACCAUCACUGCAACUGCAACUGUCGCUGUCGGCCUCAAUAUAACUGCAAAUCCGCUUGGCUCUGGCGGCUCUAGCGCUCUACCUUCUGCCUCGGGUGGCUCUGGGACCGAGGUCCUGCCUUCCGGCUCUGCAAGCUCAGAGCUUGUGUUUUCGGACACGGCUGCUCUGAGUGGUGCAAGCACGGUGACAGUACCUGCGUCCAUAACAAGCCCGGCAUCUAUCAGCCUGGUCGCCAGUGGUUCAAUCCUGCCCGUUUCUCCUCCCUCGGCUUCAAGCGGAUCGUCAGCCCCUGUUGUGAUUGGUAUUCCCUUCGAAUGCCCAACAAACGGCACCGGCCUCGACAAAGCCAAUGGACUCACCCCCCAGUUCAUCGUUGGUGAUUUGCGAUUCGAAUACUCCGUUCUGUGCGAUACCGCAGUAACUGAUUCCAAUACUCUGGCUGGCAUUCAGAACGUUGCCAACCAGACGGCUUGCGCCGCUCAAUGUUCGCUCGUGAACAAUCGCUCGCAGAGGCAGCUCUGCCAAUCGGCUUCCUUCGUGCCCAAUCCUGGUGCAUCCGACGGGCAAUGCUUCCUGCAUGGAUCAGCGCAAAACUUCGCGCGUCAACCUGGCAGUGUUACCGUCCUUUUGACGCAAGUGUCAUCCAAGUCCGACAAAUGCAAGUCCGUCGACCUGGUCAAUGGUCCGAGCAAUGUUACCCUAGAUACCGCCGAGCUCGUAGGCAAUGUUUUGACCGAGGGCUUCUCUCUCUCGACGCCUGGUCUAAUUACCCGAUCGGAAACAGGCGGCGUCUACAAAACCUUCUGGUCUAGUGGCUUCACAGACUCAGUAGGAGCUUAUCAUUACAGUUGGUUUGAGGUGUACGCUUCUUCUAGCGCUUGGUGGGCAGCCUACGCUACCUCUUGGACUUGUACUGUCAAGAACACACCCAAGACUAUUAUCAUCCCGCAGCCCGUUGCGAACUUAACAUCCGUCUUCAUCGACGUUACAACAAUCGUCGAAAAUGGCACUACCACCAUCAUCUCUGGUACAUCGACUUUUAGCGCCACUGGUGGUGCGGGUGUGGUCUUCCCUACUUCAGUUGCAGCAGUUGGUACUGGUGGAAACGGUGGUUUCACCUCUGCUGGCGCCAUGGAAACUGCAUUUGCCACAGCAGGUGCAGGUGUGAGUGAAAUCCCGGCACCAACUUCGGCACCCGGUGUCGCCAAUGAAACAGCAAUCGUGAUCGUCGGAACUGGCUCGCAAGGUGUCGCCUCGGUACUUAUCUCUGGGAGCGCCGCCACCCUCAGCUCCAUCGGAGGCGGUGGCGUUAUUUCUGGAAGUCCUGUUGCCGAAUCGAACUCGACCGCGGUUGUGUCUGAAGGAAGUGCCGCAUUCACUCUCUCGCAAGCUGAGUCUGGUGCCAAUGCUACUAUCGGUAGCGGUGGCCAGGGCGUCGUUCAGUCUUCUGGAAGCUCUGGCUUCAGCAUUGCGGGUGCCCUUUCCACGGGCGCCGGUACCGAAGGCUCAGGCAUCAUUCCUCCCUCGCCGACUAACGGAAGCGUCGUAGGCACCGGCUCAGUUGCUGUAUCCAGCUCCAAUGCUCCUGAAGGAGUGCAGAGCCCAGCACGCAUAUCUACCUCUGUGUUUGUCCUCCCUGCCCAGCACGGAUAUGGUUCCCCGACUAGCUCUGCAGCAGCAAGUCUGCCAGCCAACUCUACUGCUGUCGCGGGAUCUUCCGGAGGCGCACAGUUCUCUGAGUUCGGAGUGACAGCGACCUUCAACUUGACCGGUGGAGCUUCCGUUAUACCACCACCUCCGGUUGGAACUGGAGUCAGCUCCGCAGUAGAAGGUGUAACUGCCAACUCUACAGGAGUUGCUGGGUCUUCUGGAGGUGCGCAAUUCUCCGAAUUUGGAGCGACAGCCACCUUGAACCUGACUGGAGGUGUCUCAGUUGUGCCGCCACCUCUUGUUGGGAGCGGAGCUAGUUCUGGUUUGCCCGCGAAUACCACCGUCGUUGGAACUGGAGUAUCUUCCGCCGGUGGUGCAGAAGUCACUUUUGCCGGAAGCUCGGCUGUGAUCUUGUCAACGGGAGGUUCUGGUUCUUUGGGCCCUCUUCCCGCUACCGUCAAUGGCACUGAGCUUCCGCCUUCGCAGGCCCCCAGCCCUUCUCUUCCCACAGGAACAAGCUCGCCGUUCACACCUUCGAAUGAGACCGCUCCAGGCGUUAGUUCGGCAGAAGGUGCUCAGAACUUCACUGUGUCCGGCGGGACUGCGAUAGCCUCAGCUUCUGGAGGAUUUGGCGUGAGCCUCCCAUCUGGAGUACCAGUUCUUAACGCCACUGCAUCAGUCGGUGAAGGUGUGGCUGUUAUCUCUGAAUCUGGAGCUGUUUCGGUGAUUCUGUCCACAGGGACAUCGAACGUCAUCCCUCCAGCGUCUGCCAACGUCUCUAUUCCUGCGCCGACGGGAUUCCUGUCUGAGACCGCAUCUGGCGCUGUACCUUCACCCAGUGGCAACAGCACCGCUCCUGAAGAAGAGGAAGAGGGGGGAGGAUCUUUCGGAGCCUUCAACUUCUCCAAUGAAUCUACUGAAGGACCUGAGGUCGCAUCUACUGGCGGGGUACCACAGGUAUCGGAAAAUGCAACCCUACCCGCAUCGGUGAGCGCGACCCCAAGCCCCAGCUUGAACGGUUCUCUUCCAGCUGGUACGGCCGUCUUUGUCACCGACCGGGCCAAGUGCUGUACCGGUCCAGUCCGCCAACAUCACGUCUGUCCCGCUUGCGACGGCUGCUUCAGGUACCGCACUCAUCACGUCUGCCAACUCCACAGCGUUCCUUCCGACAGGUACUGCACCGCCUGCUAAUUCGACGGCGUUCCUGCCCACGGGCACUUCCGGGCCUGACUUCUCGAACAGCGAAGCCCCACGCCGGGGCUCCGUCUCAAGAUCGACCGCGCCUGCCAAUUCUACAGCCUUCCUCCCAACAGGGACGGCUCCAGCCUUGAACUCGAGUGCUCCGUUUGGUACAGCUUCGGGCUCGCUGCCGAUCCCUCUGUCGACUGGUGUCGUUCCCAUCCCUCUUAACUCGAGCGCACCAAUCGGAACAGGCUCAGGCUUGCCGCAGAUUCCUCUCUCCACAGGCACUGCACCCUCACAGGGCAUCUUCACUGUACCUGC